CUCUUUAUGAAGAGUUGAAGUAACCGGAAGUUUACUUUAGAAACCGGCAGAAUUUUAACGUCCUCUUGAAAUUUACAGACUGUUUUUAUCAUACAACAAAUAUGGCGGAUAUUGAAAAUGGAGAUGAAAGCUACCAAGAAGAACAAAGCGGCGAUUUUGAUUCAUCACAGUUCGAAGCCAACGAUGAUGCGGCAAUCGCCGCAACAGACGAUAUAGGUUUAGUUGAAGACCCUGAAUUGGAGGCAAUUAAGGCCAGAGUAAAGGAAAUGGAAGAAGAAGCUGAAAAAUUAAAAGAAAUGCAAAGUGAAGUAGAAAAACAGAUGAAUAUGUCCUCUUCUAGUGUUGGUGCUGCUUUCCCUACCAUAGAAGAAAAAGUUGAUGCAGAUUCUAAGUCAGUUUACGUGGGAAAUGUAGAUUAUGCAGCUACAGCAGAGGAGCUAGAACAGCAUUUUCAUGGAUGUGGUUCUAUAAACAGAGUUACUAUAUUGUGUGAUAAAUUUACAGGGCAUCCAAAAGGAUUUGCCUAUGUAGAAUUUGCAGAUAAAGAUUCUAUAGCAACAGCCAUGGCAUUAGAUGAUUCCUUAUUUAGAGGUAGACAAAUAAAGGUGAGCCCUAAACGUACAAAUAGACCUGGUAUCAGCUCAACAAACCGACCUCCUCGAAGGGCCAGAAGAGGGGGUAGAGGGGGAUUUUAUGGUGGUUACCCAUCAAGAAGACCCAGAUUUCCUCGUGUGCGGAGAGCAGCUUAUUUUUCGCCAUAUUGAGGAGCUGGUCAGGUCUUUUUUAUUGUUUAAAAAAUAAACAAAUAUCACAAGUCAAAAAUAACCAAAAUUCAACACUUUCUUUGAGAAAAAAAAAGAAGCCUUGACGUGAUAAUUUUAUACAAAUGAAGCAUUUUGAAAUUACUUCUGCUAAAGACAUGCUUCACAUUGACAAAAAAACCCAUAUUUCUAUUUCUUCAAAAAAUUUCAUGAAAUUCAAAUGCAUAAAGAUUGACAUAAAUUUUAAAUAAUUUCUUUUUCUUUUUCUAGAUCUAGAACUUCUAUUUUGAGUUCCAUCUAUUUUACAAUUGUUAAAAAUCUUUUCAUUUUUCUUUUACAAAUUGGUCGAAGAGUUUUACCUUUUUUCAAAAGACUAGUUUAUUUAAUGAAUUCACCUAUUAGAAUCACACAUUUAAUAUUUUGGUUUCAUUUGUUUAAUCAAACUUCAUUUAAACCAUUCAUCUAUAGGUACAUUUACCAAAACCCAUUUUACUGUAAAUAUCUUUUUCAUUCAUUUACAUUUGAUUUUGACUACUAAAGUAUUAAUCACAUAGGAAAACUUUAUGCAUUUUUCUAUGAAAGUAUGUUUGUUGAUUUGGUGUUGUGAAAGAUUGUGUGUAUGGAUCCAGAGGAAAAGGGGAAAUUUGAAUAUUCUAGGCAAGAACACUUUCAACAAAUCAUUUUGCAUAAUCUAAUUAUAUAUACAUCCACAUUGAAAUGUGGUUAUGUUGUCACAACCCCUACCGGUCCGUAUGUCCUCCACUAGUGCUUGUGAAUGCGCUGGAUGCUAAAGUUAUCAUCUGAUUGACUUGAAACUUCGGUGAGACGAUCUUAAUGUCCACAAGAAGAUUUUUUUGUGUUGGCACAAGGAACGAGCUCGUCAAAUUUGAACUAUUUGUAAUCAGUACUUCAUGGGUUGUUGCUCUUGGUCACUGUAAUUGUUCGGUAAAUGAUCACAUCAAUUAACCAAAAAAACAACAAAACAUGGAGUGUAUUUCGUUGCCUGACAACCUAUACUUAAUAGAAAAGUCAAAGAUGUUGACAACUUGGCAUGUGUAGAAAAACUGGGGUCAAAAUGAUACUGUUAUUGGAUAUUGCCCUGGAGUUCUAUAGAAAAUUUCUUUGGUCAUUAAUCAUAAUGCAGUGAUAAUGUCAUAGAUAUUUCAAUUUUGAAAUAAUUCAAUUGAUUUGAAACUUCGGGGAAUACUAACUGGGUGAUGAAUAUGGAAGAAAGGUGGAUGAUAAUAAAUCGUAUGAGUUUGGUAAUGGUAACUAAUGUGUAUCUUUUCUUUUCAGCAAUUUGUUUUGGAAAAAUAACACCCCCCAAAAUAUCAUUCAUUAAAAAAAAAAAAAAAUGUUGAAAAAAGAUAAAAAAAAAAAAAUGUACAGAUGAAUAGAAAAAAAAUGUGUAAAUAUGAGAAAUAAAAUAAACUUGUUAAAUAAAC